CGGAUAAAAAUGUAAGUCUACCUGUCCUCACUUUAACAUAAUGGUAAUAGAAAACACAGUUAGCUAAUGGUGGUAGUUGGCAAAUUUAAUUCGAGUUGGAAAGAAGUCGUCACCCCCGUUCAAAGAAUGCUUCGUUAGCCGAGUGAACCAAAGCGAUGUCAAGUAACAACCUCCCACCGGUGCGCCAUUUGCCGCACUGGACCCGAGUUGGGCGUCUCGGGAAACCUUGCUCUCCACGACGUUUACCGGCACAACGACCGCAGCCGUUGCCUGUUGUCCCGGCAGUAGACAGAGGAGUGGGGAGAACAGCAGAGCUGUCCUGUCACAGCGACAUGGACCCCCGCGUCGCAUCAAUGCAGAGGAAUAUCCAAUUCCUACAGCAACAACACAAGGAAACUCUUGAGAGGCUCCAUGCAGAGAUAGAAUAUCUCAGACGGGAGAAUAAAGAGUUGCAGUAUAAAAUCAUAAUGGAGCCUCCAAAGUCAAGUAGAAAAGGACCGACACACAGUCGACGAGGUGUUAGACCACCCACUCAGGGAAGUGAAGCUUGUAGCGGACUCUACCUGGAGGAGCCGCUGCAGGACAUGCGACCCUCACAGGACCAGGCAUUAAGCAUUGGAGAGGGAAGCGAAAUUCUGGGAUCUGCCAGGGAGGACCAUGGCCCAGAGGUGAAGGGGGGGCUCAUCACUUCAUUACAGCCUCUACGAAUUCACAGCGGUCCCUCCCAUCCACCGCGCGCUCCGACCCUACAGGAGUGUGAGGUUAUCAUCCGGCAGCUCUACAAUGCAAACAGUUUACAGUCUCAGGAAAUUAUACGUGUGAAGGCAUUGCUGAGGGAUAUAGUCUUGAGUAAGAAAAUCACCCCAGAAAACUACAUUUUGACCAAGGCCUACCUUGUUGAUGGUACUCGCAAAUCUUUUGAGGAGAAGAAAUUUCCAAAACUUGGUCUUCAAACAUAUCCAGAAAAAACGUCAGGACCCUCUCAGUCUGGUGUGGUCCUCCCAGCUCUCAAGCAGAGCCUCAGCUCAACCAUUGCAGAAAGACAGAGGAGGGCUCGUGCUGUGCAGAGAGACCGUUUCAAAAGGACGUUGCAGUGACAAGAUCAAACCUACCAGAGCGUUAGCCACAGCCACCUCAGGGCUGGGGUUUUCAUGACUCUUCUGAAAAACCUUAGUCACAAAAGCUGAAUGUGUUCUACCCAACGCUAUUUCAGUAAUCAGUAAAAUUUACAUUUGAAAUAUUCACAGUAUGUCCAGUGAUUUGAUGUUUUGUAAUAGAUGACUAUAAUGAGUACAUAAUCUUACUCAUGAGGGACAUGUUUUAUGAAAAGAUAAAAAAAAAUUAAAAAAAAUGAAGGUCUAUAGACUUAAAAGCUUUGAUUCUGCACACAAAAGGGGGAAAGAAUGUCUCAAAUCUAGCUUUGUACAGGAGAUGGUAAAUGUAUUUAUUUAUUCAUUUAAUUUCAUUCACAGUAAAGUAUUAAUAACUUUAGUCACUGCAAACAACCAAAGUAAAGCCUCUAAAAGCAUGUGCAAUUAAUGAGACACCAAGAAACUACCAGGCUUAUUUCUCAGGCACUUUUUGUAUUUGUCAACAGAGUAUG